AACUUUUAUGGUUUUGUUAAACUUUUUAUAACUAAAAUAAUUAGUCUUCGAAAAUAAUUUAUUUGUCGUCGUAUGUAUUUUUCACGACAAAAUUUUAUGGUUGUGUUAAAGAUUCAUAACCAAAAUAAUUAGUUAUCAUAAUGAAAUUCUUUGUUGGUAUUAUCAAUUUCCCGACCAAAAUGAUUGGUCACUUAUGACACUUAGUUAAUUUUCUUUUGCAUCCAAAUAUUGAAAUUGGUUAUGAAAAGUCAAAUGAAUUGGUUGUCAUUAGUAUUUAUGGCAACCAAUCACUUACAUUUGUCAACAAAGAUUAGACUAUGACAACCAAAUAAAAAUGGUCACGAAAAGUUAAGAAUUUUACCAUCAGCAACUUGGUAGUGAUUGCUUUUCUUUUUUGUUACCAAUUCUCUUUUUGGUUGCGUUUGGAAUUCGUAAAGCAUCUAUAGCGACCAAUGUGGCAACCAAAAUAUAUUUGGUCACAGAAGGUGUAUUAACCAAUGUUGAGCUUUUAUGGACCAAUUAUAUUGGUUGCAAAAACCCUUUUUGUUGUAGUGUUAUAAGUCGUGAGCGGCAUUGAGGAGUGCAAAUUCUAAUCCACCAAGCGGAACUAACCAAGCAGACGUGGUUAGUCAACUUUUAAAAGAUUUUAUUUAAUUAAUGGUAUACUUUUUGUGUUCUAAUUUUUAAUCAUGUGCAUUGUUUUCUAAUUAAUUGUUUAGACGAAUCAGACGAAGGCUAUUUUCAAGGCAGACACGAAGAAAGACUGGAAAUUGGAAGAAUGUUGGAAACUACUGUAAGAGACUAAGAGUGUCCAAGUUUUAUGCAAGAAUUUUUUGCUCCUGUUGCACCCAUCUACCAAUAAAUGGAUCUUAAUCAUCUAUGUCAAGUGAUGAACCCAAUAGCUCCGACCUUCAUGGAACCGCCAUUUACUUCAUGGUAAUACUGGGCAUUAUUGUUAUGAGAGAUGUUUUAGGGUAUCUUGCCGGCGGGGGUCUGCAACGGGAGAAGAGGCGAUGUGUGCCUGUUCCAAUGUGACUUCAUUGUUAUACAAGUAUCUUGCCGGGGUCUGCAAAGAGAGCAGAGGCGGUGUUUGUAUAUUCCAAUGUGACCACAUCCAUCUGACAAUAUUAUAAAGCUAGCUAGCCCGCUUUAUACGUAGGGCACACAUUAGCUAGCUACACACAGAGAGACAGAUAGAGAGAGAUGGGCGUGCAGGUUCGUAGCUUGGAAGCUCGAAUGGCCACAUUGCUGAUGUCGUUGCUAAUUCUGACAACGAUCAACGGCGGUGUAAUGAUCUUCUCUGCUGAAGCUGCCCUCGAUCCACUGUGCGGUGCCUCCCACGAAUGGUUUUGUAGUCCGAACGACUCUUCUCCCCCAGACGUGCAGGUAAAAAUAUUCGAGCAACUAACACCCUCGAUGGCGUGCGUGCCGAUCCAUUCUUCUUCAGAAGAUGUAAUAUACGCCUACGUACAUUCUUAUUGUGUUGAUGCCAAUGAUCCCAAAUGCGAUGAUUGCUUAAAAAGGGCUACCGAACUGAUACGUUAUCAUUGUUAUGGCAAAGACGGAGCUCAGUACGGUACGGAGCAGUGUUGUGUUAGAUAUGAGAAGGAAAAGUUUUGUUGAACUUAAAGACAUGAGUAGCUGGAACCAGGCCUGUGCUACAAGGCAUAUUUGGCAGAUAUUGUUACAGAGGGGUCAUUGUGGGUGGCGUGGAUCAACAAAUACAAAUUGAAUGGGAGAUGCUUCUUGACCUACACCUGCACUUCAGGGUCCUGGAACUGGUGUAAAAUCCUGAAGCUCAGAAGUAGGAUAGCUCCUUUCAUUUCGAUUAGAGAUGGUCUCUUGUUGCUUGAUGGUUCGCCUAUGCCUCGGUUCUCUAUUAAUAGAGUCUGGCAUCUUAUUAGACCUUCUCAGCAGAAGGUAACCUGAUGGAAAUUACUCUGGAAGGGUGUGAUCAUACUAAGCAAUCGACUGAUUACUUGGCUGGUAACUCGAGGAAGUAUACAAAGGAUAAAAUGCAGAAAUGGGGAUUUCAGGGAUCGAUGGACUGUGUUCUUUGUGGGGGAGGGAUUGAGAGUAGGCAAGAUUUGUUUGUUCUCUGCUCUUUCACUAGGCAGCUUCUUGAUGAAUUGUUCAGUGGCUUUAUGUAGGUCCCGGGGUUCCAAUCUUCGAAGGACAUGGUUUCAUGGCUGCUGCUGAAGUAUGGUAAGCAAACAGAGGUAGCUGAAACAGGAAGAUUUAUCUUGCAAACGUGUGUCAGUCAGGUUUGGAGAGAAAGAUGUCGUCGAAUGUAUGGAGGUAAGGUUAGAGGUUUUCAGGAAGUGUUGUCUGUUAUCAAGGCUGAGAUUGUGUAUGUGCUUGGGAGUAGGGGUGGCUAUACGGUCCGGUCCGAUUAAAUUGGACCAAAUUGAUCCGGUCCCAGUCCGGUCUUUUCGGGAAUAUAAGGACCAAAGAUUGGAUUGGAUACAGUUCGGUCUUGAUCCGGUCCGGUCCCAAUUUUAUCUUGAUUUUAGGUGUUGGGGGUCUCUUAUCCGGUCUUUAUCCGUUUUUUACCUCAAAUCUAAGCCCGAAUAUGAGAUUGCAUUGUUUGCUAUCCGGUCCCAGUCCAGUCCCGGUCCGGGGUAUACGGUCCGGUUUCGGGUAAAACCAAACAGUCCGGGACCAAAUAGUCAGCCCUACUUGGGAGGGGUAGAGUGAGUCUCUUUUGGAAUGAUUAGUACCAAUCUGUCUCAGAGGUAGUUUUUCUGUUGACUUUGCAGUUUUGGUGAAGUAUCCCUAGCUAGUAAGGGUGUUGCUAGCAAAACGCUUUUUUGAUGAAUAAGAUCCCACCAAUUCAUAAAAAAAAAACUUAAUUAACUAAGAAAUGCUGUUGUGUAUGUUGUCGAUCCGAGUUAAGGUUCCCGGUAGCCAGGUUUCGUGCCAACGAACAAAGGCUUAAAGACUAGUCCAUAUAUGUAACGGGGGAAGAGAUGCGGUAUAAAUAAAACUAAACUAGUUAUUAAUAAUUUAAUAUGGAUUUAUCUAUCCAGGUUAUCUAUGUUGGUAAACACUAACCGUCGAAAUAGGAUAAACACCGCCAUUUAUAUCAUUUAUGCAAAUAAACUUCUACCAAUAAAAAAAGUAUGCAAAUCAACCAUAUAUACUAUGGGUUAUUAAAAUUAGAGAUUUAUCAGUUAGUAAACAAAUUAAUAUGUAACUCUUCUUUUCGAAAAAAAUUUCAUAAUCUUCACACUUGCAACUUUUUUAUUGAGCUAAUACCACUAAAAAUACUAAUAUAUAGAGAGUGUCCCAUUUAUAUUACAAAGAUGAGAAUGCUGGAACCGCCAUUAAUAUCAUGGUAAUACUGAGCAUUAGCAUAUAUAACUCUACUUUUUUGAAGAAGAAAAAAUUUCAUAAUCUUCACACUUGCAAAUUAAUUAUUGAGCUAAUA